GCAAAAAAAAUCGCAGCAGAGAAUUUUUUUACAGAACUCUUUUUAAAAUCACCAUUGUUUGUUCUCCUUCCAUUAUAAUGUUGUAGAGCAUUUUGACUCCGGGAUAGACUAGGCAUUCAUUAUAUGACGUGUGUGCUUGGAAAGUGAACGUGCAUAACCAGCAAAAAUAGAGUAGUCAUCCCUGUGCAUUGGCAUGGAAAUGUGUGCAUUGGAAAGAUCACGUUAGCUAAAACUGCUGGGUGUCCUAUGGACUAUCUGAUUUAAACGCUAGACUGUGAUGACAUCUUUAAACUGAACAAUUGAAUUAUUUUAUUGUUCAUUUUUUCUCAGCCAUUUAUACAGUCAAGAGUAAGAUGAUUACGUACUCAAAUCAAUGCCCAAUUUAAACACUAAGUUGACUUCAGAACCCACUAUUGUUAAUAUUUUCAGUACUGCUGUUUAAGUGAACCCCUUUAACGAAUUAAAUUCACAUGCAGAGGUCUCUGUCACCACUGUAUUUACACAUGCUAGUAGGUCUGGCCUGUUUCUGUUCCAUUUAUCUUCUCAAACUCCAUGACAGACUGCUUUCCAUCACUCCAUUGAGAAGAUUGGUGGAUUCUACAGAGCUCACUAAAGAUAAUAUCCAACCAGAAUCAGUGCUUCGCUCUUAAGCCCCGCCUCUUCAGGUGAAGACAUGAAGACAGAACCUGCGAUGGAAAGCACAGAUUACCUGGGGGUGGAGUCGAGAUCCAGUUUAAUUAAAAGUGAAGACGUAGAGGAGAGUAUAGAAGAGAAGAAUGGAUAUGGGAUGAACAGGGAAGAACUCAUUCUCUCCAACAUAAAGGAAGAGGAGGAGGAAGGUGGGGAGAGGCAGAGUGGGGAGGUGAAGAGGGAGGCUGGUGUGAAAGAGGAAGAGGGGGAUGAAAUGGAACAAACCUCUAAAACCGGCAGAGGGUUGAAAAAAAGGACAUCAAACUGCAAGAAACAGGAAGAGGGGGGCUCAUCAUGUUUGGUCACUUCCUGUCUGCUCAAGCAGCCUAGAGUGCCCUCCCUUGGAUCUCCCGUUAUCUCCUUCAGUAAAGGAGAGUCUGAGGUGUUUGUCUGCUCCCAGUCCCCAUUCAUUCACAUGGAAGAAGCGAAGCUUCACCAGCACAUUGAGAAGGUUCACCCAGAGGAGCACAGCAGCAUUCUGAGGUCUGGAGGAAACGGAGCAGAGGACCCACUGCCUCCCAGCAGCACACAUCAGCACCCCACACCCCCUAAAACACUCCCCACCCCGACACAGUCCCACACUGGCACUCCAGGGGCCCACACCUGCCCUCUAUGUGGAAGAAGCUUCAAAUCUGCAUCAAACCUGGCAACACACCAGAAAAUCCACACGGGGGAGCGCCCGCACCAGUGCGCCCAGUGCGGGAAGAGCUUCACCUGUAAGUCACACCUAACCAUACACCAGCGCAGCCACACGGGGGAGCGCCCGUACCAGUGCUCCCAGUGCGGGAAGAGCUUCAAGUCCACCACGCAGUUCAAACAUCAUCAGCGAACUCACACGGGAGAGCGCCCGUUCCAGUGCCCCACGUGCGGGGACCGCUUCACUCAGCCGAGCAGCCUGCGGACGCACCAGCGGACUCACGCCGCCGAGUGCCUGUACCACUGCGCCCAGUGUGGGCGGAGCUUCCGGCACGCCGGCAGCCUGGCGGUGCACCGGCGCGUGCACACAGGCGAACGGCCCUACCGCUGCUCCCGGUGCGGGAAGAGCUACAGCCAGCUGAUCAGCCUGACCGUGCACCGGCGGACCCACGCCGGGGAGCUCCCGCACCCCUGCGUCCGGUGCGGGACGGGUUUCGAGUCUGCGGCGAAACUGGCGAGGCACCAGGAGGCUCACGCCGGGGAGCGCCCGUACCCCUGCUCCCGCUGCCAGAAGAGCUUCAGGUGCGCGCGCGUCCUGAAGGCGCACCUGAGGAUCCACACGGGCGAGCGGCCGUUCCACUGCUCCCACUGCGGGAAGAGCUACAGGUGUGCGGCGUACCUGAGGGUACACCUGAGGGUCCACACCGGCGCUUUCCCCUUCCACUGCUUCGGGUGUGGGCAGGGCUUCAGGGAGUCACAGGUGCUGAUCGAGCACCAGCAGAACUGUACAAAGUAAUCCCCCCGGGACCAAGAGUGGAAAGAGCUUCACUCAGGUCCAGCCAGCUGAUGAGCCAUCAUUAAUCAUGAUUUUUGGUGGCUAUUUUUGUUAAAACACAUCGUUUUUAAUUUAAAUCCAACAUUCAUGUUUUUUUUUUUUUUUUUUUUUUUAGAUCUGAAUGUUCAUCAAUAAAACCUUUUUCCUUUUU